UAUAAACAGCAUCCAGGAAACACUUCCUUUUUGGCGCAACAAACCCUAAAAAACCAGAGAUUUCAAUAUUCACCUCCGUAGCCACAAUCCAAUUCGUGUUACCAAAGCACGAAUUUGAUACGUAGAGAUCAAAAUGGAUGCAGGGCCGUCGCUAAUAAAGCAGCUAGCUGCUUGCGACAACAAAACCCGGAAUAAAACCCUAAACCUACUCUUAAGCACCUGGCUUCCUUCACAAUCCGCAAAAAUCUCCGAUGAGGAGAUGAAGAAGUUAUGGAAAGGACUAUUUUACUGUGUAUGGCAUGCCGAUAAGAUUCCGGCACAGACCAAUCUCAGCAAUCGUCUCGCUUCGUUACUUCCUGAACUUCAAUUUUCUCUAUCUGUUCAGUAUUUUACUGUUUUCUUGGUUACUAUGCGUCGCGAAUGGACUGGAAUAGACGGGCUUAGAUUAGAUAAGUUCUAUUACUUGAUUCGUAAAUUUUUGCAUUUCUUUUUUCUUCUUUUGAAGAAAAACUCAUGGGAUUUGGAGAUUGUGAAACGUUUGAUGGGCGUUUUAGUUGAUUAUACUUUCCUGGAUGAUGAUAAUUUGCUUGGAAAUGGUGUUAAUUAUCACAUUGCUUCUGUUUUUAUUGAGGAAUUUAGGGUUUUCCUUCCGCUGAGUAAGGAUGUUGUUUGUGUUGUUUUGGGAUGUUUUGCUGAUGUCAUGGGGAAAGUUCAAGAUAAGAUAUUGUUGAGUAAGAUUAAGAGUAAUGUGUUUGAUUUGUUAUUGAAAAUGGGGGAUAAGUUGUUGGAGGUGAAGAAAUGCGGGGGUGAUGUUGAUUCUGGAGAUGACGCUAUUGUGUUAGGUCCAAUAGGUCUGCAUUUGGAAUUUUCUAGUAAAUUUUAUGAAUUGGGUUCUGCUGUUGAGUGUCCUCAGGGGAAUAGGAAAGUUUUAUUUGGUUUGUAUGAACGGUUUUUGAAGUUGGAGAAGGAUUUUGCUAAAUCAGGGACGGAUAUUUCUGUACCUGAGGUUAAUGAGGAUGUUGAUGAUGAAGCGCCAGAUUUGGUUCCCAUUGCUGCUGAAAUGGAAGUGGAUGGUUCUAAUAAUUCUGUUGUGAGUAUGACUGGUGGCAGUCAUUUGAAGAAGUGCAAGAAAACUAACAAGAAGGCUAAGAAGGCUUCUGGUGGCAGCAAUAAAGGCAAGAAGAAGAAGAAGAAGAACUGUAGUGGAAGUUCAGAUUGUGACACUGAAGAGGAUGGUAACAAGGUUAUACCAAAUGCUAUCAAUUCAAAUGAGGAAAACAGUAAUGCUGCAGAUAUGAUAACAUUAAAUGAAUCCGUUAUAUCAAACCUUCAGAUGCAGUUUGAAAAAGUUGCUGCGGAGGUUGGCUUGGAUAAGAAUGUUGAAAGUGCUUGUGAUAUUAUAAAUGUCACCGGAAAUGGUGUUGUCACCAAGAAAAGGAAGAGAUCAAAAAGUAAGGAGAGCCAGCAACCUGAAAAUACAGAAUUGACUGAUGAGGUAAAUGCUGAUGGUGGUGCAACUGGAAAGAGUACUGAAAAGAGUGCAAAGAAAGUGAGGUUCUCCAUGAAAAACAACUUGGUGUGGAAACCUCACAGUCCAUUACCUCCACAAAGUUUGAGAAUACCACCAUCUGUGACUCCCCGAGGAAGUGCCCUAAAGAAAGGGAUACCUCCAGGUCCCAUUAGGGAGAUGCCUGUUGCAACUAAAAAGGCAAAACAUAAGACUAAAUCUUUGAAGAAGGGUCGGAAAGUACUAAGUGGUUUGGUCCCUGUUAUCAGACGGCCAAAGAAGUUAAAGACUGUUUCCACCUAGAUUAUUCUUGAUCAUCAAAUCUGUUGCUUCUAUUCUAAUCAUGCUUCUCUGUCGGUGACAAAGUCAGAAACCAGUUUUGAUGUUUAAUUUCUUUUGCUAAGUUAAGGACAGGUGAUGCAAAUGAUCCAUCAAGUUACUUCUAAUUGUUCAAUCCAUGUUUGCAAUUCACUAAUGUUGGGAAUUUUGAUUAUGUUAUUUUUUUCAAAUUAGUUCUUAACUA